UACCGCUUGUUUCGUCUUACAUGUAUUAUGAUCAAUGUGUACCUGUCUUCUGGGUGAAUGAAGCUUGUGCGUAGUGCAUGUAAAAGUCAUCUUAUUUACAGGGACUGGUAAGCGGUACAUGUAGAAGUAAGGUUGUAGAAAGUUGUGAACAACAAAAUUGCCAUUAGAAAUGGGUGAACCUGAUAAAGAAUUUUUACUGAUGGAAAACUUUGAAAACUUAAAGACACAUUUUAAAAUUGAUUGCGCCAAAUUCCUUGGAAAUAUUUUACUUUUAUGCUUAAAAAACAUCGAAAAUUUGACGAAGAGUGACAAAUUUGCAUUACUGGAUAUGGGAAGUCAAAAUGAAAUAUGUAAAAGGAAUAGUUUUAUUUUGAGUGUUCCAGUGUUAUGUGAUAUUAUUCUGAAAGGAAUGUGCGAAGAACACAUGGGGAAUUUCAAUUGGUAUUUGAGGGAAGAAGGAUUUACUUUCUCUGACGAUGUCGCCCGACUUCGGGACAUUUGGAAAUUACACAUUGUUGAUAAUGAUGAUGAACGGAUAUCUGAAGAGGAUAAAGAACACAUAUGGAGUGAGAUCAAUGCUGUGGGAGAAAGAAUGGGCAGCAGAUUUAGAGAAGCCGGAAAAACAUACCUUGAAAGCAUUAGAAGACUUAAACCAGAAGAGAUAAAACGAAAUGUAUAUGCUGGACAAUACGGUGAUAAAAACAAAAUGGAAGUGAACUUCGAGGAAGGUGAAAGAGAUCCAUUCUUUGUCGAGCAGUUUGGGAACAACAAUAAGAUGAUUGUCCAGCUUUAUGAUCGCCGACAGCCGGAACAGCUACAGAUCAAAUCAAGUGGGAGAGUCAAACUAAGGAUGGUUUUGAGAGCCAAUGAAACACGAGAAUGGAAUGAAAUAACAGAGAAUGUGAUGAAUAUUGAUCUUCAAGAUCUGAAUUCCAAUCCACUUAUCAGAGAAAAUGAUAUUGUCUUUGAAAGUUUUGAGAAAGGAUGCCUUGUGAUCAAUCUUAACAUUUCUGACGAAUUUCCAAUCAAAACUUUAUUACAUAUAGUGUUUGAAAUAUUAUUUGAAGAGUUAAAAGCAACUGUCAUACUUCAGAAAUACGAGACAUCAGAAGUACAAAUUUUUGGAUAUUUCUAUUGUCCAGAGGAAUUCAAGAAGAAAGGUACACUGGAAAGUCCUGAACAAGAUGCAUCACUCUAUUCCCACCAGUCUUGGGAAAAUGCCUCUACAAUUUGUGACAUCGAUAUCUAUAUGUCUGAUUUGAUGAAACAUUUGAUCUUAAGUGGAUUUUCUACAGAUGUUGACGAGCUCAUUGACGUGCAAAUCAAAUGUGAUAUUGUCCGAUCGGAUUCACCAAUAGUGCUUCCUUUUCAAUCAUCUCUACCAGAAGACAAAGAAAAACUAAGGAAUCUUCUGGAAGAGGCAAUGAAAACAAUGCCCCUGCAAUUAGAAAGCUUGAAUAUGACGAGAACGACAUUACAUCUACUUUUAAAAUGUAGGGGUAAAAUGAAGUAUGCAAGCUUUGUCGACACGGAUGGCUCAAUUAUCGACAUAUCAAAGACGCUUCUCUUCGAUAUACCGAUGUCAAUGUUACGAGUGUCUGUUUGUAUCGAUACAAAUCUUGUGAACGACUCAAUUACUGGUCAAGGACUAAUUUUCUACUUGAGUCCAUUGUCUAAAGUGUCAGAUGCAAUAAAGACAGGAAAAAUUUCCCGAAUCAUCACUGCCAUGCUCGAAGGAAAAAGUUCUUCAGUGUUGAGAAAUGUUGAGGAAUUGAAGAUGAAAGCCGUUCUCGAGUAUCAAGAAGAUAAAGGAUCACCAUCUUCCGAAUUUUCAGAACGAUUUCUGACGAACACAGCAAGGGUCAAAUCAGAACAAAAUGAAAAUAGUUCAAUGGAAACUAAUUUGGAAAAUACUCUACUAACGGUUUGUGAAAUGGGAAAUCCAAAUCUAGCCCGUCAACUUCUUGAACGAGGGGAAAAUCCAAACUUUCGAAAUGACAUGCUCCAAACUCCUCUUCAUUUAGCUUCGGAAAGAAAUCAUUUGCGUGUUGUUGAACAACUUCUACUCCAUGGUGCCGAGGUAAAUGCAAUUGAUAAAAACAGGGAAACACCAUUGAUUACAGCUUCUCGCAGAGGAAACUGGAAAAUUGUAUCAGCGAUUCUAAAGUAUGGCGCCGAUGUUGAACUGUGUGAUACGGAAAAUCAUACACCUCUUUAUAUGGCUGUGGAAAGAGGGCAUCGACGUGCUUCAUCCAUUUUGUUGAAAGCUGGUGCUAAUGUAAAUUCUAAUGGACAUAAUUCAUGUACCCCUCUCCACAUCGCCUGCAGUAAAGGAUAUCUGCUAAUUGUAAAGGACUUGCUUUCAUAUGGAUCUGAUGUACAUUGUACAAACAGAAAUCAGAACACGCCUUUGCAUUCUGUGUUAUUGUGUGAUCAAGACGAAUUAAAUCGUAAAUCCAUAAUAGAAGAUCUAGUUACAAAUGGAGCUUUCGUCAAUAAAGUCAACGACAGACUGAAAACACCAUUGUGCAUUGCGUCCGAAAGAGGUUUGUUGGAAGCUACUGGAAACUUACUGGAAGCAGGGGCAGACGUUCAUCUGACUGAUGAUGAAAACAACCUGCCUCUUCACUUGGCUUCAAAAAACGGUCACAUAGAAGUAGUGAAAGAGUUGCUCCAAUACUGUGUGGAUAUCGAUAGGUGCAAUGUAAAAGGGUUAACACCAAGAAUGUUAGCGGCAGAACAAGAAGAUCUCUUAAAUCUAUUUGAUGCACAAGCCGUUACAACAACGGAAGGAUUAAAAGAGAAUAUUGCUACUCUAAUUUCAUUGGCAAAGAGAGGCAUGCUAACCAGUAUUGAUCCAUUUGUACAGAAAAAUGAACUUGUUGAUACUGUAGAUUCAACAAAGAGAUCUCUUUUGUAUUUUGCAUGUGAAAAUGGACAUAUAGAUGUUGUGCGAUUGCUAAUAAGUUUUGGAGCAAAUAUAAAUGCGUGCGAUUCUUCAGGUAAAUCUCCACUUAGUGUUGCAGCUGAAAACAGAUUCCAUUCUAUUGUUGAAGCUUUGAUUAGUGCCGGGGCUGAUACAAACACCAGUGAUUAUUCAGGAAGAACAUGUCUUCACUACGCAGCCAAAUCGGGCAGUUUUGAAACUGUAGAUCUCUUAUUAAAACACAGAGACACCGUUUAUAAACCAGAUAUAGAAGGAGUUACACCACUUCAUUUAGGUGUAAAGCACGGCAGUAUUAAAAUAGCGCAAUGUUUCCUCGUAUAUGGAAUUGAUGUGAAUGAAUGUGACCUUCAAAACACAUCUCCGCUAUUUGUAGCUAUUGCCAAAGCUCAGUCUGAAAUUGCCGACUUUUUAAUAAGACAUGGGGCCGAUGUAAACCUUUCUGAUGAAUUCGGAAGAUCACCGUUGCACAUAGCAGCAGAAAUCGGAAGUAUACGGUCAUUAGAAAUUUUAUUAAAUAACGAUGCAAAUGUCAAUCAAACAGACAAAUUGAAGAAGACGCCACUUUUUAAAGCUGUCGAAAAGGGUAAAAAUGUUGUCUUGACUCUGAUCAAUCACGGGGCAGAUGUAAACUUGUGUGACAGUAGGGGCCGGUCUCCUUUACAUACAGCAUUAGAAAACGGACAUUUAUUUGCAAUGAGAACACUACUUCAUCAAAAUGCAAGUGUAAAUAUUGCGGAUGAAGAAGGACUUGCUCCUUUACAUUUAAGUUCAACAAUAGGCAGUGCAGAAGGGGUAGAACUUCUACUGACAACGCGGGCCACAGUUAACGCUGUGGAUGGUCACGGUCGUUCUCCUCUUCAUCUUUCAACUUCAAGUGUCAUAACCAAACGUUUGUUACAAUGUGGUGCGCAUGUCAACACCAAAGACAAAUAUGGAAAAAGUCCACUUCACUAUGGAGUUGAACAUCUCUGCGAGGAAGAAUCAAAUGUCACUACAUCCAAUGAAUACAUAUCUAUCAUUAGUGAACUCUUUUCAAAUGAGGCAAAUAUUUGCUUACGUGACAAUGAUAUGAAUACAGUUAUUCACAAAGCAGUAGGCUCUACUAACUAUCAUGUACUAAUUGAACUUCUAAGCUACGAUACUAAACCCGAUCUAAGAAAUAAUUUAUUACAAAUAGUGAAAGAUAUUUCAAACCACACACAUUCUGGAGAUAUCAGGAACAUAAUGGAACAUUGGAUGGGUAUUCAACAAUUGAGCGAGGAAUCUGACGAUGCAGAUUCUGUUGACGAGACAGAAACUUGUCCAGCAUAUCUAUAUCAGCAACAUGAGGAAUGGUUGAAAGCACAUAAGUGUUUCAGAAGAGCCAACAUUAUCCGACGCGCCCUGUCUUUACAAAGAUCGCAAGAAGGAAGGAAGAGAAAAGAAUCUUCUGGUGAAUUGGCCUUGAUUGAACCACUGGAAAAAGUACUUCGAGUUCAAGAUGAACCAAGUGAGAAAGAAUGAAAGUCCUGGAAUACCUACCUCCUUUCCUAGGGAGAAAAUGAUUGUAACUAAACUGUUUUAUGAAUGAUGUAUGCUGAAAGUUUUCCUAGAACUAUCAAAUUAAAAAAGACCAUACAAUGAAAUAAAACUACCUGUGUCGAGAGAGACAAACCAACACAUAAACUGUUUAAAUACAUUGGUUAUUAACAUGAGAUAUGCAACUAUUUGGUUGCAUUAUGAACUAGGAGCGCGAUAAAGGAUUGAGUACAUUGUAUGCAUAAAAUGGACUUCCACUUCAAGCAUAUCUCUGCUUGUGACUAAUGUAAAGUAUACAUAUAAAUAUAAAGUGGGGAUAUACCUUACCCACUAAACAUUUCUUCAGCAGAGUUCAUUCAUGGAAGAACAGGUCCAGGACAUGCAGAUUCGUAUACUGUAGUUCUUUGAGGAGGAACACACCAAAGAAAUUUGAUGUGGAUGAUAUUUAUAAUAAUAUUUUGAAAUUGAAAA